UGCAUGCCCCUCACAGGCUGCUCUAUAGCAGUACCCUUUGUCUCCGUGACUCCCCAUGACUCACAAUCGGAGUUUCAUUUUGGCUGUAAGGGUCGUCAUAGGCCCCCCUACCCUCUUGCCUGCUAGUAGUGCUAGGUGGGGCUUGGGAGCAGAGCCCAGCCCACCUAGACAGUGACCAGGCCUUGUCUUACAGGCUGGGGGCCCGGUCUGUACACACUGCCACCCACCGUGGGCUACAUCAAGCAUGACUGUACCAGGGUGGCCAGCCCUGCCUACUCGCUAGCCCGGAGGCCCAGUGAAGUGCCUCCUCAGGUCUCCAGCCCAGGCCCCGUCUACUUCCUGGACCCCAAAGUCACGCGCUUUGGCCGUAGCUACACCCCUGCAUACUCCAUGCAGGGCCGUGGCAAGGCUCGGGCAGGUCUGGAGGUGACGCCAGGCCCUGGGGCCUACAGCCCGGAGAAGGUGCCCCCCUUACGCCAGCGGACACCCCCAGCUUUCACCCUGGGCCCCCGCCUCCACUUCAAGUCCCUGGGUCCCUCAGCCCCAGCCCCCAACGCCUACACCAUGCCCCCGCUGUGGGGCUCACAGACCCUCACCAAGCCCAGCAGCCCCAGCUACACGGUGGUGGGUCGCACACGCCCGGCACGGCCGCCACAGGAUCCUGCUGCCCUCCCAGGCCCCGGCCAGUACGACAGCCCUGACCCCAACACCUACCGCCAGCGCCAGCCGGCUUUUACCAUGCUGGGGCGGCCCCGCAGCCCACGCCCCUUAGAGGAGACGCCCGGUCCUGGCACCCACAGUCCCGAGCUGGUCACUGUGAACAGAGCCCGGGCCCCAGCCUACACCAUGGGUGUCCGCCACUCACAGAGGGCCACCACCUUGGCAGCGGCCAGCACACCCUGAAGGCCU